AGCCCCACCUGGCCCUUCUGUACUCCGCGCUCUAGAAGUGGAGGCGGACAAGACAAUGACUCCAGUCGUGUGUGCUAUAUAGUAAAGUAGGCACUCGACAGAGAGGCGGCAGACCGUAGGGAGAGAUUAACUCUAGGAACUGGGGCUUUCAUCCCCUCGGUUACCGGAUCCACAAAUCCGGAGUCCUUACUGAGUGCUUCCUCUGCUUUACUCCCAGUUGAUCACCAAGUCGGGCGGGUUGUACCUCCUGACUGUUUCAACUAGCAUGUAUUUCUGUCCCCUCUGCGGCUACUCUAGUGAAGGCCACCGUCAUUUCUUACCAGGGCUACUCGGGAGCCUCUUUGCUGCUUCCAGUCUUGGCAAAGGACUCCUACCUGGCCUGAGUCUACAAAUACCUUUCUAUGAUGCCUUUCCACUGUAACGUUUGCAAGUCUUCACCAUCUGGUCCUUCCUUCCAUUUCUUCGUGUCUCUCCACUCUCUCUAGCAUCUCUGUCCUGACGACAUGGACAUCAUUUCCUUUAACGCAGUUUCCUGGGUUGCCCCUCCGAAUAUUCUUCAGAUGGGGGUUAAAAGGUCACUUCCUCCAGGAAGCCCUUCCUGACCUCCUCAACUGAGUCAGGCGUCUGUCCAGUAUCCUGUACUUCCCUGACCUUAAUGUGCAUCACAUCUUAUUCCUUGCUGAUAAGUCUCCCUCACAGAUUCUAAGCGCAACUCUGAAGACAGGAGGAGCUGAUGCCCAGAGCACAGAACUGAUUUUCAGAAUGGCCGCAGCCCCCCAAGCACCAGGGAGGGGCUCUGUGCGGAAGACGAGACCUUUACCUGUGAAGACAUCAUUGAACAACCCGUACGGCAUCUGCUGGGGCACCCUGGACAGGGAGGAUAUGCACUUCAUACUACAGACCCUGGAGGACAGGAUUAAAUCUCUUGGGCUUCAGAAGAUUGAGGACAGGAAGAGGAAGAAAAAGCAGCCCCCUUUCAAAAGACAAAGUGGAGACAUGUGCAGUGUGGAUGUGGACACUGGUGAGGCCCCGAAGGAAGAAAAGCCAGAAGGUGACCCCCAGGUGUCAGGGUGGACCCCUGCUGACAUCAGGAAGCAGCUCGCCAUCGGCGUCAACGAGGUCACCAGAGCGCUGGAGAGGAACGAGCUGCUCUUGGCCUUGGCAUGUAAGUCAGCCAAGCCGGCCAUCAUCACCGCGCACCUGGUACAGCUGAGCGUUAGCAGAGGUGUCCCCGCCUGCCAAGUGCCCCGGCUCAGCGAGAGGCUCGCACCCGCCAUGGGCUUAAAAUGCGUCCUGGCCUUGGGGUUCAAAAGAAACACCACUGCCUUUGGGGAGGAAGUGAGUGUCAUCAUCCCCAGGGUCCCCCAUCUGGAUGUGCCUUGGCUCCAGGACACACUCAAACACCCCAGGGAGGACCUGGAGACGGAACAUUUGGAAAGCCAAGACAAAGAGAUUUUGGACACUUCCUUCGAAGACCUCUCUAAACCCAAGAGAAAGCUUGCUGAGUGUCAGCAGGCUGUCAUGUUACAACCCCUGAAAAUAAAGAAACUGAUUCCAAACCCCAAUAAGAUAAGGAAACCACCCAAAAGUAAAAAAACAGCUUCAAAGUAAUCUUCUAUAAACCUGUCACUUCAUACAGUUGUCAAAUGACACCUUGGAGAAGCCUUGAAAUGAAUAAAAUGACAUAUA